AGUGCAAGCAAUAAUAGCAUGCCAAGCAUUGAUGGUGUGAAAGUGGCAGUACGCGUGAGACCUUUCAGUCAGAGGGAGAAGGAUGCAUGCAGCAGGUGUGUGAUUUCUAUGAAUUCCAGCAGCACAAGCAUAUAUGAUCCUAAGAAUCCAGGGCACAUGAAAACCUUUACCUUUGACCUGGCUUACUGGUCCCACAGUGGAUUUCUAAAGGAUAAAGAUGGCAUGCUCGUUUCAUCUGGAUCCAACAGCAGAUAUGCAGGCCAGAGAGAGGUCUUUCAUGACCUUGGUCAAGGAGUUCUGGACAAUGCCUGGCAAGGUUAUAAUGCUACUCUCCUAGCGUAUGGCCAGACUGGCUCAGGGAAGAGCUAUUCUAUGAUUGGAUAUGGUGCAAACAGAGGCAUAAUUCCAGUUGUGUGUGAAGAGCUCUUCAAACCAAUUCAGAACCAGAAGAACAAGCAAUAUCAGGUUACUUUCAGUAUGCUGGAAAUUUAUAACGAGCAGGUAAUAGAUUUACUAUCUGAAACCAAGAAACCCGGUGGACUCAAGGUUAGAGAAGACCAGCAACAAGGCUUUUAUGUGGAUGGUUUGAAACUGGUGCCUUGUGACAGCUACACACAAAUUGAGAGGUUAAUGGAACAAGGAACUAAAAUAAGAACCACAGCUUCAACCAGCAUGAAUGCUACCAGCAGUCGAUCUCACAUGGUCAUUACCAUCCAAUUCAAACAGAUUUUUCUAGAUGAAGAUAUCACCAAGCAGUCCAUUAUAAAUCUGGUGGACUUGGCAGGAAGUGAAAGGCAAAAGUCUUCAGGCUCUGAAGGGGACAGACUGAGAGAAGGGACACGUGUAAAUCUGAGUUUAACCACCUUGGGAAACGUCAUCAGUGCUCUGGCUGAGGUGGCUAUGGGGAAGAAAGUGUUACACAUCCCAUACAGAGACUCUGUUCUAACAAAACUCCUACAGUCGGCUCUUGGGGGGAACAGCAGGACUAUCAUGAUUGCAGCUGUAAGUCCAGCAGACAUCUGCUAUGAAGAGACUUUGUCAACAUUACGAUAUGCUGAGAGAACAAAAAAGAUCAAGAACAAAGCAGUAAUAAAUGCAAGUCCAAUGGAGAAGCAUAUAAUGGAGCUGAAAGCGGAAAAUAACAAACUGUUGUCCAGACUGACUGGGCUUGGAAACUCUGGGAAAACAGUAGCAGAUGAAACCAGUAUGUAUUACAAAACUAUUCAGCUAACAUGGGAAUAUCGGCUGGAAGAAGCUCGGAAGGAAUGGGAACAGCAGUAUGCUGCAAUUACUCAGGAGAGACGGAUGAUGGAGACAUUCCCAUAUCUCUUGAAUAUCAAUGAAGACCCUCAGCUCUCCGGGGUUCUCAAGCACUUCAUUCAGGACGGUUCAUGUGAUGUUGGUCAGUCAGCCUCAAAUGCAAUAACCCUUAAAGGUUUAGGCAUUUUAGACAAGCAUGCUACAUUCACAAAUACUGAGGGUAAAGUUACCAUAACGCCACGGGAAAAGUGCAAAGUUGUUGUCAAUGGUGUACCCAUCACUAUGAAAACUAAACUGCAGCAUUUGGAUCGUGUUAUUUUGGGAUCAAACAGUGCUUACCUUUAUGUUGGAUUUCCUGCAGAACGCACCAAUGAGGACUUGGUCAGAUAUGAUUAUGAUUUCUUUCAGUCAGAGCUGGCGGCAGCAGAGGGCUUCAGUGUAGAUAAACUUGGUGUUGUCAAUCAUAAGAAUGGCAAACCAGAUCCUAGUGUUCUUGCAGUAUUCCACGAUUAUAUCAAGCUAAUGCCUUUGGUUGCAGAAGCAAAUCAGAUGAGCGAGGAGUUGAAAAAGGAGCUCAAGUUGGAACUGAAAGUGAAAAAUCUAGCAUCAUCUGACUCCAGAGGUUAUGAUCUGCAAAAGGAAGUAAUAGUAAAAGUGACUAACAAAAUGUCUAACCAGGUGUGGGUAUGGUCUAAGGCCAAGUUCAUCAACAGGAAAUUCCUAAUGGAGGAGGUUUACCAGCAUUUUUUAGAUGGAGAGGAUGUGUAUGUGGGCCAAGACAGCGACCCAUUUUGGGAUCCUGUUGAGGUCAUUCAUUUAGGAUCUGCUCACAUUUGGCUUCAGUCACUUGCUUACUGCAUGAAGCUGGAAGAACAAACAGAAGUUCUGAACUCUGAAGGAAUGGAAGAAGCUAUUCUACUUAUAAAUAUAGUUCCGUGUUCCAGUGAUGGAAGAGCCUUCGGAGAGGAUGAUAUGAUCAUUGACCCUUUGGAAUUGCUGGGAAGAAGAAUUGAUUUCCAGAUUCACAUCUUACAGUGCCUUGGAGUCAAAUGGCUUAGAGAAGUCACUGAACGGGGCAUUCAGAUAGGGUACAGAGUUUAUGAUCUUCUACACUCUCUAUACACCAAGCCUGUCUGGAAAAACAUGAAUGCUAAGAUUGAAGAGACAGUCCACUUCUCAGCCCUAAGUGCAUCCCAUGAAUUUUUAAAUUAUUUACAAAAAAAUGCUUUAAUUGUUGACUUGUGGGGGCUUCAAGAAGGGUGCGCUGAAUUGGACUACUCCCUACAAGACAUGGUCACAAGCGAGGGUACCAUUAUAGUUGAUAAUCCAAAAACUGUGAUUGCAAAGGAUAUUGGUCUGGGCACAGUUAACCAGAUAUCUGAACUUUACCUGAAGCUGCUGAAGUUGGAAGAGGAGACUGAGCUUCUCAGAGAUAUUAACAGAGCUUUAAGGGAAGAAAAUGCAUCUCUUAAGGAUAAAGUGAAGAAGUGGGAGACAGGACACCAUGAAAGUAAGAAAUUAAAGUCUCCUAAUAAAAGGGCAAUUAAGAUGACCAAACAGCCUCUCUCAUCAAAGGAAGCUGACCAGAUGUGCAACCAUCGGACCAGCUAUGAUGCUGAAUUUGCCAAAGCUCUUAAGGUCUUCUACCAAAACAUGAACUUAGUGAGAGGGCAAUUCCUGAAGCUGAAGCACAGCAAGCCCCCCGAAGAAGAUAACCUUCAGAUGCUACGUCUUUUUACAGAGAGACAAUCACACAUGUUGAAGGAUUUUGGGGAGCAGCUUGAAUCUAGCAUAUGCAGAUUGAAAAAUGAUGUUGCUCUUAUAGUUAAAAAGAAGAGAGAAAGCAUAGCAUAA